AUGAGCGACAAUCCUCACUCCCUGCAUCCGCUGUCGUCGGGCUCGACAAGCCAAUCAUUGCACUCCUCGACCAAGCCCCCCGCCACCCAGCAUGUAGGCGAGUUUAACAGUGUGCGGGACACGAACGUUGUGGAGCCGACGGAGGCAAACCGGACAAAGUCGCACGUCGGCCCCCACCUUGGCUCCCGCAUGCGCAUCUACGAGUACUCCAUCGAGCACAAUGACGUCUUCUGGGCCGAAAUUGCACGGCGCGACUUCUACUGGAAGACGACCUGGCCGGAUGACCAGCACGUCAAGUCGUACAACUUCGACAAAUCCAAGGGCCCCAUCUUUGUGAAAUGGUUCGAGGGCGCCGUGACAAACAUCUGCUACAACGCGUUGGACCGCCACCUGCCGGCGCACAAGGAUCGCGUGUGCUUUUACUUUGAAGGCAACGACCCGAGUGUGACGGAAAAGGUCACGUACGGCAGCAUGUACACGAGGGUGGUGGAGCUGGCGAACGUGCUGAAGCACCAGUACGGUAUUACAAAGGGCGACCGCGUUGGCCUGUAUCUACCCAUGAUCCCGUUCGCUGCAGUGGCCAUGCUCGCCUGCGCCCGCAUCGGUGCUGUCAUCACCGUGAUCUUCGGCGGUUUCUCGGCUCAAGCGCUCAGCUCACGUCUGAAAGACGCCCAGGCGAAGCUGCUUAUCACCGCCGACGCGUCGGCGCGGGGCACAAAGCCGAUUCUUCUCAAGGACAUGGCAGACGAGGCGCUGAAGGUGUGUGAGGAGGAAGGCAUGUCCAUCGCGUGCCUCGUAUUCGAAAACAUGAACCGUCAAUUCUGCAAGAUGAAGGAAGGCCGCGAUACCUGGUACGGCGAUGCCUUAGCGCGGCUGACGCCGGAGCAGCACGAGGAGUGCCCGGUGGAGUGGAUGGACGCGGAGGAUGUGCUGUUCCUGCUCUACACCUCCGGCAGCACCGGGAAACCCAAGGCCAUCGUGCACACGACGGCGGGCUACAUGGUGUACGCCUCCACCACCUUCAUGUACAGCUUCGACUACCACAUGGACGACGUGUACUUCUGCACGGCUGAUAUUGGCUGGAUCACAGGCCACAGCUACGUCGUGUAUGGUCCGAUGAUCCACUGCGCCACGUCGGUGCUGUUCGAGGGUGUGGCGAACUACCCCGACUACUCGCGCUGGUGGCAGCUCGUCGAGAAGUACAAGGUGUCCAUUCUCUACACCGCGCCCACCGCAAUCCGCUCCCUCAUGCAGGCCGGCGACGACUACGUCAAGGUGGGCAACCGCAGCACCCUGCGUGUGCUGGGCUCCGUCGGCGAGCCGAUCAACGUGGAGGCGUGGAAGUGGCUGCGCGAUGUCGGCGGCGAGGGCCACUGCGACGUGUCAGACACGUGGUGGCAGACUGAGACGGGUGGCCACAUGAUUACACCGAUGCCGGGCUGCACCCCCAUGAAGCCCGGUAGUGCAACGCUGCCGUUCUUCGGUGUCCAGCCGGUUAUUCUCGACCCCAUGAAGCUGAAUGAGAAGCAGGGCCCAGCGGAGGGCCUGCUCGCCAUUCGUGCGCCGUGGCCAGGUAUGGCCCGCACCAUCUACGGCGACCACGCACGCUUUGAGAAGACCUACUUUGACGUGGACGGGUACUACAUGACAGGCGACGGUGCUCGCCGCGACUCGGACGGCUAUUACUGGAUCACGGGCCGCGUCGAUGACGUGCUGAACGUGAGCGGGCACCGCAUCGGCACCAGCGAGAUCGAGGACGCCGUCAACACCCACCCGGCAGUGGUGGAGAGCGCCGUGGUCGGCUUCCCUCACAACAUCAAGGGUGAGGGCAUCUACGUCUUCCUUACGUUCCGCCAGGGGACGGAGGUGACGCCCGAGCUGCUGGCGGCGGUAAAGGCGACUGUGCGCAAGGUGAUUGGUCCGCUGGCCACACCGGACGUGAUGCAGGUGGCUCGCGUCGGACUGCCGAAAACGCGCUCCGGCAAGAUUGUGCGCCGCAUCCUGCGCAAGGUAUCCAGUGGGCAGUACACGGGGCUGGGCGACACCUCGACGCUGGCGAACCCCGACGUUGUUGAGGACCUCAUCGCCGAGCACCGGAGGCUGUGCCCUCGCAACUAG